AUGAACCAGUCCCGAUGGAUUGAAUGGAGGACUCUGAAUAUGAGCAGUAGUAUUAUGAACAUAUCUGAGCAUCUCUCCUGUCCUCUUGGAUUUGGUCACUACAAUGCAGUUGACAUCUGUAUCCUUGAGACAGUUGUUAUUGUCUUGCUAACAUUUUUAAUUAUUGCGGGUAACUUAACUGUGAUAUUUGUUUUUCACUGUGCUCCACUUCUGCAUCAUUAUACCACCAGCUAUUUUAUUCAGACCAUGGCCUAUGCUGAUCUCUUUGUUGGAGUUAGCUGCUUGGUUCCUACUUUGUCACUGCUCCACUACUCGACAGGUGUCAACGAGUCCUUGACUUGUCAAGUUUUUGGAUAUAUCAUCUCUGUGCUAAAAAGUGUAUCUAUGGCAUGUCUUGCUUGCAUCAGUGUGGAUCGCUAUCUCGCUAUAACAAAGCCUCUCUCCUAUAAUCAACUGGUCACACCUUGUCGCUUGAGAAUCUGCAUCGUUUUGAUCUGGAUAUACUCUUGUCUGAUCUUCUUGCCUUCCUUUUUUGGUUGGGGAAAACCUGGUUACCAUGGAGAUAUUUUUGAAUGGUGUGCUACCUCCUGGCUAACUAAUGCCUAUUUUACUGGCUUUAUCGUGUGCUUACUAUAUGCUCCUGCUGCCUUUGUCAUAUGUUUCACAUAUUUCCACAUAUUUAAAAUUUGCCGGCAGCACACCAAAGAGAUAAAUGAUCGGAGAGCUCGAUUUCCCAGCCAUGAAGUGGAUGCUGCUGGGGAGACUGGGCACAGCCCCGAUCGCCGCUAUGCCAUGGUUUUGUUUCGGAUAACCAGUGUGUUCUACAUGCUGUGGCUCCCUUAUAUCAUAUACUUUCUGCUGGAGAGCUCUAGGGUGUUAGAAAACCCAGCACUUUCCUUCUUAACGACAUGGCUUGCUAUAAGCAAUAGUUUCUGCAACUGUGUGAUAUAUAGCCUCUCCAACAGCGUUUUCAGGCUGGGACUGCGGAGACUGUCAGAGACAAUAUGUUCAUCUUGUAUGUGUUUAAAAGACAGGGAUGUACGGGACCCUAAACCAAGAAAACGGGCUAAUUCCUGUUCCAUUUAA